AUGUCAACUGAAUCAAUUAUAUCAUAUGCUUCAUUAAUUCUUGCUGAUGCAGAAUUAGAAAUCACCAAAGAUAACUUAUUAGCCAUCACCAAAGCUGCUGGUGCUACCGUUGAAGAAUUUUGGGCUGAUGUUUUCGCUCAAGGUUUAGAAGGUAAAGACUUAAAAGAAUUAUUAUUCUCAUUUGCUGCUUCUGGUCCAGCUGCUGCUGCUCCAGCUGCUGCCGCUGCUGGUGGUGCUGAAGAAGCUGCUGCUGAAGAAAAAGCUGAAUCUGAAGCUGAAGAAUCUGAUGAUGAUAUGGGUUUCGGUUUAUUCGAUUAG